GGUACCUAUGAUGGUACCUGAGAUGUACCUGAGUAUUAUAUAAAGAGAAAUCAUGAAUCAAAAGGAACAUUACAAGUAAACAGUCUCUCUGCAGUGAACUAGCUGAAUUCCUGAAGUGUAAACUUGUGUGGUGAUAAUUUAGUUCCAGAAUUUGUGAUUUUGAGAUCGAGGUUGAAAAAUGCCAAAAUACUUUUGUGAUUACUGUGAUACGUACCUAACCCAUGAUUCCCCUACAGUUAGAAAAACGCACAUUUCUGGUAGAAAACACAUUGAUAACGUGAAACAUUUUUAUCAGAAACUGAAGGAUGAAGAAACCCAGAAAAUGAUUGAUGCUACAACUGCUGCUUUCAGAGCCAAUCAAAAGGCAUCGAACCCGUUCGCGCCAGUAGGAGCGAUGACUCCUGUUCACCCAAUACAUCCUAUGUUGAUGCAUCCCGGCGGUCUAAUGCAUCCUAUGUUGACAGGGCCUCCUCACAUGAUGAUGGGACCUGGUGGUGGAAUGCCUCAAAUGAUGGUAGGAUUCAAUGUUCUACCAUCUCACAUGACGAUGCCACCAUCAGUGCCUAUGAAGCUACCACGAGCACCUAUGAUGGCACCACAAGUACCUAUGAUGGCAAUUAAACCUCAUGAUGGGUAA